GCGGCCCUCAGCGCCCCCGCCGUGCUCUGCCCCGCCACAGGCUUCCUGCACCUGGGCGGCCUCCGCACGGCGCUCUACAAUUACAUCUUCGCCAGGAAGCACCGGGGCACGUUUGUGCUGCGGCUGGAGGACACGGAUCAGAGCCGCGUGGUGCCCGGAGCUGCGGAGGGCAUCGAGGCCAUGCUGGAGUGGGCAGGUAUGGCACCGGACGAGAGCCCGCGCCGGGGCGGCGCCUUCGGGCCCUACCAGCAGUCCCGCCGGCUGGAGCUCUACCGGAGGGCCAGCGAGGAGCUGGUGGAGAAGGGCGCAGCCUAUCGCUGCUUCUGCACCCCGCAGCGCCUGGAGCUGCUCCGGAGGGAGGCCCUGCGGCACCAGCAAACCCCACGAUACGACAACCGGUGUCGGCAYCUGACGCCCAAAGAAGUGUCUGAGAAGCUGUCACAGGGCCUGGACUGGGUCGUGCGCUUCCGUCUGGAGAGGGGCGCGGAGCCCUUCCAGGACCUGGUGUACGGCUGGAGCCGGCACGAAGUGGCGGACGUGGAGGGCGACCCCGUGAUUCUCAAGGGCGACGGCUUCCCCACCUACCACCUGGCCAACGUGGUGGACGACCAUUGCAUGGGAAUCAGCCACGUGCUGCGUGGCACCGAGUGGCUCGCCUCCACCUCCAAGCACCUCCUGCUCUACAGAGCCUUCGGCUGGGAUCCCCCGCAGUUCGCUCACCUGCCGCUGCUGCUGGGCAAGGACGGCGGCAAGCUCUCCAAAAGGCAGGGGGAUAUCUCCCUGGAGCGCUUGGCUCGGGAGGGCUACCUGCCGCAGGCUCUGCUGGACAUCGUAACCCACUGUGGCUCUGGGUUCACAGAGAAUCAGAUGGGGAGGACUUUGGAGGAGCUGAUCUUGCAAUUUGAAAUAGGUAGAAUUACGACCCAUUCUGCACUACUGGAUCUUGAAAAACUCCCAGAAUUCAACAGGAUCCACCUCUCCCGCCACAUCCAGAACGAGGGGCUGCGGCAGAAGUUGAUCAGAGAGCUGCAGCUGCUGGUGGAGCAGGUCUAUGGGGAUCAACACGUGGAUAAGGAGGUUCUAGAGAAGAGCUAUGUGGAGCGGGUUCUGCUGCUGAGGAAAGGUCACAUCAGCUUCCUGAAGGACCUGGUGUCAUGCGAUUAUUCAUACUUAUGGGUUCGGCCCUCCGUGUCCCGAGAGCAGCUACGAGCUAUUUCUGCAGAAGUAGAUGAAAUAGGAAAACUCGUCAUGGGGCUCAUGAUGAGGCAGGCGGCUGUGUGGACCGUGGAGGAGUUGAACAAAGACCUCAAGAGCCUCCAGAAGCAAAGCAGAGAGACCAAGUACAGCAGCAUGAUGAAGCUCCUCCGCUUGGCGCUCAGUGGAAAGCAGCAUGGACCAAGUGUUGCUGAGAUGAUGGUGACUUUGGGCCCCAGCGAAGUGUGUGAGAGGAUGCACAGAGCUCUGUCGAGCUAGAAGAGACGGGAGUGGCACCGGCGGCCCCUGGGAUCCGGAGGAUGUCGGCUGCCCCUGUCACUGUCCUAGACCUCUCUGUCAUUGUCACAGCCUGGUUAUCAUCGAUCAGGCGCUGCGGGCUCCUCACCAGGCGGGUGUCACCACGUUUCCAGAUCUGUCUGCACUUGAGCACCAGCCAGAUUGUGCAGGAGAGGAACCAAACACAGAUUUAGAUCUGCCCUUGUCCUUCUUCCUGAGGAGAGAGCCUGGGUUUCAAGUUGGCAUAAAGAGACUUUUAUCUACAUUUCACAUUCGGAUCCAGACCAUGUGGACAGAAACUAGGGUGAUUUCUGAUAGCAGCGUGAUUUGUCUCAAGCAAUCGCUCUCUUUUUGGAGAGCCUCACAACCAGGGGACCUGCGGUCACAAUGAUGGGUCCCCAGCAAGUGGGGGAAGAGCUGGAGCCCCCCUWAUGCGCCGUGCUGGGUUCGGGCAGGGGGAACCCCUGGCCAAGGCUGCCCCCAGCAGUAGAUUUGGGAAAUGGGUGGUGAUGGAUCUGUCCUUGUUACUGAAAUCUUCCCCUUGCGUGUCCCGCUGUACCCGGUGAUGGAGGAGCGAAACACACGGGGCCUUUUACACCGCUGUUCUAGUCUGUAACCCCA